AUGCGAAAGAUGAAGGAAUAUGCGGACAGCAAGAGGUAUAUCAAACCAACUAAUCUAUUUGAAGGGGAUAUGGUACUUGCCAAACGCAAAUCAUCGCACAAGAAUAUAGCUACACCAUACGAUCCAAACCCAUAUAUCGUAAGCCAACGCAAGGGUGCAAUGAUAACAGCAAAGAUCAACAAAGACAUCAAAAGGAAUUCGUCCCUCUUCAAAAGGGUGGACCCUCAUACGGCUCUUAAGCCGGAAACCGAGAUCGACGACGAAGAACUGGAGCUAGAACUGGAGGAUCCCACAGUGUUGCAAAAAGUGGAAUAG